UUACCGCGAGUCGAGUGGUAGACUGGUCACUAUGGUGGUGACUAGUGAUCGCUAGUUUUAGUGUAGUGCAUGAACUUCUUGGAAUGUGAUACAAUCAUGUUGCUUGUGAUCGCUCUCUUGUCUUCAAUACCGCUUGUUAUCAGCGAAUUAUGCUCAACAUGUGUCCGAAGCGACAGUGCGUGUUAUAACGUCACCUACCUCUUCGAUAUACAAGCACCGUUCAGGGAACACAUCGUUAUCCACAAAUUAGCCAUAUUACGUUCAACAAACACUCUAUACUACAGUUUCGAACCAAACAUCUCUGAUGAAGAGUACUAUAAAGUUGGCUUCAUCAAUUUGGACGAUCCCGUCAACAGCACAAUCAUUUCUGGUGGGAAAUAUAUUAUGAAUUUCGGUACGUUUGACGUUGAUCAAGAAAAUGGACUCGUAUAUUUGGGGGGCAGCGAUGGUAUUUACGUUUUAGAUACUAAAUCAUAUAAAGUGGCGCCGUAUAGCUCUCGCGGCGAUAGUGUACUUAGCUUGUUUUAUAAGGGCCACGUAUACUUUGUAAGGUACGGCGAAUACAGAAUCGUUAAGAAGAAAGGAGAUAACUUCGAUGUGAUUGUCGAACACAUGCCCGUAAAGAACUUUGUUGUUAAUAAAGACUAUGUUAUUGUGUUCGUUAGUAUGUACGGUUUAUUCGCGACGAAAAAUGAUGAGACAGUGUGGCUGUCGAAAAAUUCGUAUUUUCGGGGCCUGGCUAUUAAUUUAGAUGAUGAAAUAUAUGUUUGGUGGUUAGAUGGUAUUUAUAAGAUUACUAUAGAUAAAAAGCUAGCGGAUUCCAGAGUGGAUAAGGUGAUUGAAUUGGAAGAUAUCGAUGCGCUUACUUUUGAUAAUGAUAACAAUUUUCUGUUCACGUCAGGGAGGAGUCUGUAUAAACUGCUAGAUGUAAAUAUGACGUUGUGUGAUGAUGGUACUUCAAAUACUAAAAAUAAAACAAGAUGGUAAAUUUUAUACACAAUAAUUCAAUUAGAACAAUCACCAUAUUUUAAGGAAUAAUAGAACCAUUAAAUUUCCUGCUUCAAGACAUUGAUAUUCAUUUAUUUGUCCUCGCUCUUGGUCCUAAUGGCUUAAUUGUGUUGAUGUGUUUAUGUCGAGAUCAUCUAUUUUAACUAGUCGCUAAGGGCUAGUUUACUUUGAACGUGUAUGCGACACUGUCAUGUUGCUAGAUCGGCCAGGGACAUAAUAUGAUGUCAGGGCAUAAGCUGUUAAGAAUUUUUUUUAUGGAAUUUAGAACUACCAAAUGAUUUGAAUUAGUUAUCUGUAAUAUAAUAUUGUUAAGUUGUAAAAUAGUUGUGUCUUGACUGUACAAAUAACGUUUGAUUUGUGUUCCUGUGUAAUACUUAAAAGAUUUAGCAAUGUUUAAGAGAGUUACUUAAAAUAAGAUUUCACCGUAAAUCAGUAUUC